AUCGUGACUCACUUCACGUGUAGAUGUCUCCAGAGGAAAGUCAUAUCCAUGAACACACGAGGAGCUGGAACAAACAGUCCCGUCAUUAUGCUGGCGUGUUUUGAUGGGUCCCUCUGAAGUUAUAGAUUUUACCUCAUUAGAUGGACGAGUGACAAUGGAAUAUGGAAGAUCGCAGGUGACUCAUGGGCGUGCAACAAUGUUGUUACGAAUCACCGAGGUGACAAGGCUCCACAGUUGUUUUUACUCUGUGACAGCUGUGGGAGCUCUCCUAUUCGGCCAACUUGAAUUCCUGCUGGACGGGGUCGCUGGCUAUAUUUAGAGGGGGCACGGUUAUAUUAAAGUGGCAUUGGAACUGGCCGCCUGCAGUUCUUUGUCUUCGUCGGCCAGGACAGUCUGUCGGCAAACACCUCCAUCCACGUUGUGUCCUUGAAGAAUGGAUCCCCAAAGCAUGAGGGAAGAUCUCCAACUGUUUCAGAGCACUUUGCUGCAGGAUGGACUCAAAGAGCUCCUGAAUGAGAACAAGUUAGUUGACAGCGUCCUGAAGGUUGGAGACAGAAGCAUCCCGUGUCAUCGCCUCAUCCUGGCAGCUUGUAGUCCUUAUUUCCGGGAGCUCUACUUCACAGCAGAUGGCAAGGAAAUGGAACAAAUGGAGGUCGUUCUGGAGAACAUGGACCCCAACGUGAUGGAGGCGAUCGUGAAUUACAUGUACUCAGCGGAGAUAGACAUCAACGAAGACAACGUGCAGGAUAUUCUGGCCGCCGCCAGCCGCUUGCAGAUCCCGUCAGUGUUCACGGUCUGUGUGAAUUAUCUCCAGAAGAGACUGUCGGUCAAAAACUGCCUUGCCAUCUACAGGCUGGGACUGGUGCUGAACAGCGCCCGACUGGCGAUGGCAGCUCGAAAUCACAUCGCAGAUCGGUUUGAGACCAUAGCCAAGGACGAGGAUUUCCUCCAGCUCUCUCCGCCGGAACUCUUUGCCAUCAUUGGAGCCGAUGCGUUGAAUGUAGAGAAAGAGGAAGUGGUGUUUGAGACCCUCAUGAGGUGGAUCCGAAAAGACCAAGAGAAGCGCGUGAAGUCCUUGGAGGAGGCCUUCGAGUGCAUUCGUUUCCGUUUACUCCCAGAGAAGUACUUCAAGGAGAAGGUGGAGAAGGAUGACCUCAUCAAGGCUGAUCCCGAGCUUCUCAAAAAAAUCAAAGUCAUCAAGGAAGCCUUUGCGGGAAAGCUGCCUGAGGGGAAGAAGGGAGAAGAUGAUGAGGAAGGAGAGGAGGGAAAGUUGCCCGGCUGUUUGAAUGACCAGCGCAGAUAUGGCAUGUAUGCCAAGGACAUGGUUUUGAUGAUCAAUGACACCGCCAGCGUGGCUUAUGACACCCAGGAGAACGAGUGUUUUCUCGCCGCAAUGGCGGAGCAGGUCCCCCGAAACCACGUCAGCGUGGUUUCGAAAAAGAACAUCCUGUACGUGUUGGGAGGACUGUUUGUGGAUGAAGAGGACAAAGAAAACCCGUUGCAGUGCUAUUUCUACCAGUUUGACAGCCUCGCUGCCGAAUGGGUGGCUCUGCCGCCCAUGCCCUCCCCCAGGUGUUUGUUUGCUGUGGGGGAAUGUGAAAAUCUGCUCUUUGCCGUGGCCGGAAAGGAUUUACAGUCCAAUGAGUCUCAUGACACCGUUAUGUGCUAUGACACCGAAAAAAUGAAGUGGACGCAGACAAAGAAGCUGCCCUUGAACAUUCACGGCCACUGCGUGGUCUCUGAGAACGGGCUGGUUUACUGCAUCGGAGGGAAAACAGAUGACAACAAAGCGACCAAUAAGAUGUUUGCAUACAACCACAAGAGAUCAGAGUGGAAGGAAGUGGGCUCCAUGAAAACACCCAGAUCCAUGUUUGGGGCGGUUAUCCACAACGGGAAGAUUGUUGUCGCCGGGGGAGUCAACGAGGAAGGCCUCACAGCCACAUGUGAAACAUACGACUUUGCAACCAACAAGUGGUCCCCCUUCACUGAGAUGCCCCAGGAGAGGAGCUCAGUCAACCUGGUGAGCUGCGGAGGGCAGCUGUUCACUCUGGGCGGCUUCGCCAUCGUGGAGAACGAGAACAAAGAGUGCGGACCCAGUGAAGUCCUCGACAUCUGGCAGUAUGAAGAUGACAAGAAACAGUGGACCGGCCUGAUCAGAGAGAUGCGUUACGCGGCCGGUGCCUCGUGUGUCUCUAUGCGUCUAAAUGCGGCCAGAAUGCCCAAACUGUGACGAAGGUCCGGGGACAGACAAGGCACCCUGACGUUGCUGCCGUAGGCCAAAUAUUAUGUACAUGCUCUUGUUUAGUGGCUUGUGAUUUACAUUUCAAGGUAACACGUGUCCUCUUUGAAUGCCCCGUGACUGGUUCAAUGAACGGUUUCAUGGUUUUAAUUGGGUUUGUUUUCGUCACAUCACUUCCCCCCCAUUAAAAAGUGUUAAUACUGUAACGUC